UCUGGUUACUUCUGGGUAGGCUCAUUGUCUCACUGAGUUGCAAAUAUACUUUUUUCAAUACUGUUUUUAUCUAGCUGCGAAGAAGCCGUUCGCCAGACAUACYCUACAAACAGCCAAAGUGAAAAACCCAUAUAAUAAUGACCAAAUGUGCAAUACUUUUUCUCUGCUUUCUCAUCUUUCACGUCAGUCGUCAUUUCUUAGUUGCAUCGCAGUCAAGAUGUUCGCUUCGUUUCUCAUCUGAAAGCGGUAUCGAACUUCAAGGGUUCGUUUACAAAUCGUUUGCAGACUCAGAAUUAGGGAGCUGCUUUUCCAAGUGUUUGAAAGACGGUGUUUGCCAGUCUAUCAAUUACGAUACUCAACUAUUGCAAUGCCAGUUCAACAACAAAACAAGAAGAGGUCACCCAGAGAAAGUCCGUCCAAAUAAGCACGGUGUAUACAUGGAAAAUCCCAAAAGAGCAAAGAAAGGUUCCCACCCACUUCUUGCUGGUCACUCGUGUAAAGAAAUCAAAGAUCUCGGUGAAUCUCGUGGAGAUGGAGAAUACUGGAUUGAUCCUAAAAGAACUGGACAACCCUUCACUGUAUACUGUGACAUGACUACUGACUCAGGGGGAUGGACAUUGAUAAAGAGGGCACUCCUGCCUACUGCAACACCAGGUAGCUAUGUAGAACGAMAGGACUACACGUUCCUUUCAAACUACAAAGAUUACAGGCAAAUAAUCUAUGUACCUGCCCUAAAAAAGCUAAGAGAAGACAUGGGUUUCCAUCAGAUUCGAUUUCGAUGUCRCAAAAAGAGAGUCAAUCGUACCAUUCACAUCAUGACMACCAACAACACCGCUGGACACAAAGUACUGGAUCACUUUCUCGUCAAACCGWCAUGGCCGACAGCAUGCAACUCGUUURAAAGACUACCAGAUGACACCUCGAUUCUUGCACAGAAUUGCCAUAAGUGGGGCCUAUCGGGGUCAGGAGAGAUAGAGGUUAAUCAGUGGGGAAAAGCUGGUUUAAUUCGCUACCACCGAAUAUAUUAUCUCCCUAUGUGGAGUAGCAAGUACGUCUUUUCCUGCUUUGACACCUCAGCGUUUUACUGCGAUGACAACGGAGGUGGAGCACUCGAAGUCGGAGACAUUUGGGAAGUAUUUGUGCGUUGAACUAUAACACUCUUUUAUUAGUAUUAUCAACAUAAAGUUAAAUAAAGCACUAUAGUACCUCAUCUUGAAUGAAUUAGGACCCUCAACCAGCUCAUAAAAUAAAACGUUCGCACUGGAGAAAAAAGCUAUAAUUCUAGAGUAGAUCAKUCUUAUUGCUUCCAUUGCUUUAGCUUAGUUUCCUCUCGUAAAGGUUUUUUUUAUUUAUUUUUUUUUUCUAUUUUGACCCAUUGUUUGAUAUCUCUUCUUUAAAGUAGACGAUGGAAAGUGACGUUCGUAUCUCUCUCUAUAUAUAUAUAUGUACGUUGCACAUUGGUCGGAUUAUUUCAAAGAUGAAUGUAACUCAAAUCAAAAAGAAAUGUAAAAAGAAAUGUGAUUUCAAUAAAUGAAAACAUCAUGAGCUAUCGGUAUAGCGAGCAGCAAAAUCGUCAAACUUGUCUUGCAACAGCAACAUUGCUGCAAAGCAAGUUGGAAAGCGAUGUUUGUGUGGGUUUUACUACUGGCGAACCAAAUUGUCUCGCAUCAAAAUAAUUUGAUGCAGGUUGAUCAAAUCCUUAUUUCUAAUUGGCCAAUUCAGUCAACUGAUUUCGAGCGACGUCACUUUGCUGCAAGACAAGCUGGGUUGAUGUAUAUAGUUAGUAAUACGUCCGCAACAUCUUCGAGUUUUGUUGCGAAAAGUAAAACCAUUUUCUACUUUCUGCAGCAAACUUUUUCAACUUACAAUAAACAAUUUUGACGUCUGUCUAAUCUAUGUGGUUUUACCAACGGAUGACAUAAAUUGUGUUUAAUUAAGCAGUAAGARUAGAAGGUAUCACGCGAUUUAUUUUCAUGAUUAAAUGUAAUGAUUACAAUCGCCAAUAUCGAAUUAUCGGCAUUAUCGUCAUAUUCUCCCCCUCGGGCAGUUAGAGUGCAUGGCAUGAUACUGAUGACAUCAUCUGCUAAGAAACUAUCAACAUGACCGGGCUUAGUCAAGAUGCUUGACUCUCUCUCAGAGCCUCAUCUUCUCGGAAGUUCAUUCCCGCCUCUCUACUGAGGACGUAAACAACUCUGGUCAUGAGUACCCUUAGAAACAAGCUUACUAUCUAAUCUCUCUAUCUUCGGUACCUCAGUAACUGACAAAUGAUGCUGCACUUACUUGGCCGAAAGGCGGAAGCUUGUAAAAGUGAAUUACUAUUGGCAAAAUUGACAAAACCCGCUAAGUCUUUUGUGUAUAAACGUCAAUCAGCAUUUCUACCAUGUCAGCGGAGUCCUCUCUAGAAUAUUCACUGCUUCUAAAAGAAAAACUCUGUCUGACUCUGUGAGAGAGACGUCGCAUUUUUGACUUAUGUGGUCAAUAA